GGCAAUGCACCGCUGCGUUCAGAAAGCUUUAACAUGUUUUGAUGAAUACAAUGGUGCUAUAUUAAGUCUACAAUAACAUUCAAUAGGAAUGUUCUACGGUAACUUCCUUCUUGUCGGUCUUGAUGUAUACAAUGUACCAGCUGGACUUUUGAACACAGAAGUUGAAGCUUUGACCGAACGACAUGUCACAAUUCCCUGCCCUUUUUCAAACAGCGAGGGAAGCCAUGGACAGUAGACGAGAUGGACUCAAUGUACUGGGAUAUACGUACAUGGCGGUGCUUAUGUUCGCCUAUAUCACAGAUGCAGCUGGGACGGUAUGUUCUGACGCCGUUACAGAUGGAACUAUGGUACUGAACAUGUGUGAAGAUGGUAAUGCCGUCGGUAAACGCGUGGUUAUAGACACGUACGGAUCGUCUGCGUACAGAACAGAUGGCGGUAGUAUCAACUGUUCCUGUACGGCGACAAUGACGGGACGCUCCGACGGAAUCAGUUCAAAUGUUCUAUUUGACGAUGUCCAGUCGUUAUAUCCUCCGUCUGGAUGUGGAAGCAGCGUUAUUUUAUCAGCGCACGUAGCAGCUGUCUCGUCUGUUCAAUCAACAACUUUCGUUUGUACUGUUGGAUUUACUAAAUUUUACCUUGGCCAGACAAAUGAUACAUUCAUUGUUGUGUGGCAGUCUGGACCCAGUGGAAGUACGUCAGAAUACUGUCUUUCAUCUACGGCAAGUACGGGGGCAUACUUGUCUGUGAAAUGCUUCGAAGUGAAUGAUAAAAGUGAAGAGAACACCACACCACCACCGACAUCCCCUGCUACAGUGAUGCUAACGUCAGAUCAAAAACCUUCUCCCAUCUCUGUGACCAGCCCUUCCACUUCGUCCCUGGCAUCGUAUUUCAAUGGUAAAAUAUUUAAUAUGAUAAGUCUAACCGCUUGUAUGAUUGCAAGCAGAUUAAUUUAUUUUCGAACUCAUCUAUAAAUUAAAGUUUACAUCCAUUUUAGCUGACAUGUUUUUUCUACAUGCGUUACUUUUUAUUUUUCUAAAUACUGCACAUUUGUUUUAUUUUUUCAGGAACAAAUGCCAUGUGUGCUUGAUAAUGAUAAGUUUAUGCAAGUAGAUGUAAUGAGAAACAUUUUUGUCAUUGUAAUUUGUUUCAGAGAAAAAAAUUGAACUCGUCAUGCAAUUUCAUUCAAUUGCAGGGUACGAUAACAAUCUGAUAAUGUUUAAAUGUAUUUCAUUUGUUUACAGAUAUAGCUUUGCAAAAAUGGACAACAGUUUUGUUAAAGUUUAAAAGGACAGGUUAAAUGAUUAAAUACCAUGAUUAUUUUGCUUCAUUAUAGGAUAUUUUUAAAUUAUGUACUUGAUAUUAUGUUUUUUGUCUGUCUAUAUCUGUCCACGUUUAUUUUGUCAAUUCUGUCUUUGUCUAUCAACGUUUUGUUUGUCCAUGAUCGUCUAUUUCCGUCCGUAUGUCCAUGUUUUAAAGUAAAAUUGUUCAUGACUGUAUUGUCACGUGACGUAUGUCUAAUUGAGUAAGACGAUUGGAUGUAUGAAAGAAGUAUGUAUGCUUGGCAUUUUAUUUAUCCGUUUCCGCGAUAAACCCACCCAAAAAACACUACUUGAUGAUUGAAGACAACACCGUGUUGAUGACGUCAUGAUGAGAAGAUCAAUCUGAGGUAACAUGAACCCUAAAAUACUGGAUAUUUACGACUGACUUAAGAGCUAUUUACCGGUAAUCAAUUUACCCAGCAUUUUCUCUGUAAAUUCAUUUGUUUCUUUAGUACAUGAUGUCGUAAUUUAUCAACCUUCUAUAAACUUGAUUUAUUUUAUUUUCAUGGCACUUUAAAACAGUCUUUGCACUUAAAUUUUAUUCGUUUUCAAACCUGAAGGCAAAGCAACAAAUGAUGCGAUACUACUUAUGUUUAUUAUAAGUUAUGUUUAGUGUGAACAAUAGUCAGUUAAACAUUUUUCAGCAAAUUUACCGCGCCAUGGGUUUCCUUAAACAAUUAUUGGUUAUAUAUGUUGUUUAUAUCAUUGUUAGCGUUUAUUCUACAAUGUAUACAUUACAUAUACUAUGCUAUACAUUUAUACAAACUCAACAAAUGAGUAUUGAACAAAUAUCGUCUCAUCAUAGGUUUACGUGCGUAUGCAUUUUUUCGCUGCCAUCAUUGCUAACAGGAUACGAUAUUUCUUUGUACAUACAUCAAUGAGAUUGCAAAAUUCUAUGCAUAGUCGUGGUUAUUAUCAUUAAUUUGUGUGUCACUCUCGGUAUUUUAAUGCUCAGGAUAAUAUACCUGACCAGGAAAUGCAAACUUCUACAAUAUUCUGACUGUCAUCACCGUCACGUCAUCAACAACAUCUUCCAGUGCCAUUAUGACGUCAGAGGUAGCAGCUACUUAUGGACUUAGAUAACAACAAGUAUCUCCAAAUUGACAUACAUCUCUCUCCCCUACGACAGUGUAUCCUACGUGAACCCGAAGGUACGUAGUACUGUAAACUAGAGAUGUGUUUACGCUUUUAACGAUUCGGUGAAUCGGCUGAUAAACCAGGACAUGAACCAUUUAUAUCCAGGUCUUACUAUACAACAAGUUCGAAACCGAAAAAUACUUGAUGCAAACUUGUAUUUGUUCAUGAUGUAAAAAACAAGAUAAUGAUUGCA